UCUCUCUCUCUCUCUCUCUCUCUCUCUCUCUCUCUCAGACACUAUAUAUACAACACCAAAGCUCAGAACAGAGCGAAUAAAACUCCGAGUUACUGCAGCUUGUAUCUCCUCCUUCUCAUAGCUCUCAGCUCCAAAACACAAAGGAAAUAUGGGAGAAGAUGCCGGUGCUGGAAAUCUCCCGCCAGGGUUCCGCUUCUUCCCCUCAGACGAAGAGCUCGUGCGCCACUUCCUUCGACGAAAGGCCUCCAUGCUCCCCUGCCACCCCGACAUCAUUCCAACUCUCGAUCUUCUCCAUUUUGACCCCUGGGACCUUCACUGCAAGGCUUUGAAGGGAGGCAAGUACUGGUACUUCUUCAGUCACAGAACAGAGAACAGAGCAACACCUAACGGCUACUGGAAGCAAGUAGGCGUGGAUGAGUUCGUUAAAGAUGUGGGGAUGAAGAAAACUCUAGUUUUCUACGUCGGAGACGCUUCUGGAGGGAUGAAAACUAAUUGGAUCAUGCAUGAAUACUGCUUACUGGAUAGUGAAGCAAGCUCGAGCAGUCGCAGCAAUGGCAGAAAGCUUUCCAGAAAGAAAGGGCAGGCCAAAGCAGGAGAUGCUAAUUACAGGUGGGUGGUGUGCCGAGUGUGCGAGUCAGGCCACAGUGUGCAGCCGUGCAGCCAAGAUGAGGCGAUGGAGCUCUCCUGUUUGGAUGAGAUUUUCUUGUCCUUCGAUGAUUAUGAUGAAGUGAGUUUGCCUGAGUAGUUGGAAAGCUAGAAUUUUGUGUUUGAGGAAGCUGAUAGAUUCCUUGGGUUCUAACCUUGUAUUUGUACACCUUACACUUUAUUUAAUAAGUUGUAUCAAUGUAUUUUUCUCCUUUCUAUCAUUAAUGCAAUGCAUGUUUUGA